UUUUCUCUACACACCCACGCAGGGGAAGUUCAAAACAGAGUAAGAGCCCCUCCGCUGGACAAACCAACCCACAAUCCCCCAUUUUCAAUUCACCCCAAUUCCUCCCUUCCUCCGCCGCCGCCUCCGCCCUUCGCCGGAUGGAACCACCUCCAAUCUACCGCCUUCCGGAUGACACCUUCCAUCAGAUCUUCUUCUCCCUCCCUCUUCGUCAGAUUAUGAUCUGCCGCUGCGUCUGCAAGCUGUUCGACCAAAUUAUCUCUUCCUCCUUCUUCAUUGACCUCAUUUCCACCCGUCCCCCUCUCCGCCUCGUCGCCCUCCGCCCCCCGCACCACCACCACAGUCAUCAGCGCCUCGCCGCCGCCGCCGUCAAUCCCUGUCUCCACGUCUAUGACCCUGAUCAAGGUCAGUGGCUUCGCUUCUCCCUCGAUUUUUUACCCUUCCGAUUCCCUCACCCUGUUGCCUCCUCUCUCGGCCUUGUUUAUCUCUGGGGCGACUUGCCCGACUCGCCGGAGUCAAAUAAGUCGCUCGUGGUUUGUAACCCUUUGACUCGCCAGUUCCGAGUCUUACCCCAGCUCGGCUCGGCCUGGUCUCGACAUGGGUCGGUUUUGGUUGAUUCUGCUAACAGAGUUAUGGUAUUGACUGAGCUUGCUGCUCUUUACUUCUCUGGGUCGAAUCAGUGGAGUAAAUUUUCUUCUAAUUUGCCUUCGAAACCUCGAAGCCCUGUGUUGGUUUCUAAUUCGGUCUAUGCUCUUUGUGAUGUGGGUUCUCCAUGGAGAAGCCAGUGGAAAUUGUUCGCUUGUACUAUCACCGAUCUAAAGAGCUCCCAGAAUUGGGGUCGGCUCGAGAGGCAUGAAUGGGGGGAUGUUUUUGACAUUCUGAAACGGCCCCGUUUGGUGCGAGGGACGGGUAACCAAAUCUUGAUGGUGGGUGGGCUUAAAUCUUCAUUUUCAUUGACUGCUUCGUGCUCGACGAUAUUGAUUUUGAGGUUGGAUUUGGAUACAUUGGAAUGGGAUGAGGCGGGUCGUAUGCCUGUCCAGAUGUUUCAGUGCUUUCAAGGGUCGAGUAAGUUUAAGGUAUUUGGUGGUGGUGAUCGGAUUUGCUUUUCUGCUAAGAGGAUGGGAAUGAUGGCAUUGUGGGAUCGUUGUUCUGGGAAAGCAGAGUGGCGGUGGAUAUGUGGGGUGCCUGGAUAUAACGAUGGCCUUUACCGAGGAUUCGUGUUCGAGGCGAGGUUCACAGCCAUACAGCCUUAACUUGCCUAUGCCUGGUUUUUCUUGCUACGUAAAAUCACUGUCAGUGACUGCUGUGGAUCUGGAUUAUGACAAGUUACCCUGCAAAUAUAUUCAAGGAGUCGAGAACAGGUUCCAGUUCCUACGUAUACAGCGUGGAGAAAACUCGACUCGUAUUAAAUGGUUCGUAAUGGAAGUUUCUUGUCAACCCAUUGGAAUGUUCUGAUGGAGAGAAUUUCUGAGCAAUUUGGUGGGCGUCCUCCUAUAUCUGCUCUUUGUUUGCUUUUAAUUUAAGUUUUAUUCUUAAAAGAUUUACCAUCUACAUUUCACCCACCACGAGAUAAAAAGGAAACAGUAAAUAUAAAAUCAAGGUUCGAGAUCUUUAGCCAAAUGGAAUUCUUAUUCAUUGGCA